AUGGUCUCACAGCCCGUAACUAGAGGGUUCGUUUCACUCUCUCCGAUGCAGCAGUUGGUCGAGGCGAAUGAUACAGAUGAUAAUUGGACAGGCCUCUCGGACCCAGCUGCUCGACGCAAAAGACAGACGAGGCUAAACAUGAGAGCGCAUCGGCGCCGAAAAGCACUUGAAGAAGCCAAUAUAUCCCAACAAGAAGGUCUUGUAGCUUGCUGGGACGAUCAACACCAGAAGGUGCUCUAUCUACCAGAAUCCCAAGCUAAAGCGCUGAAUUAUGAUCAUACCUCGCCGGUUAUAAGACAAAAUUCAGCCGGAAUUAUCUUCCCUCUAUCGUCUGACCAUCUAAUGAUAUUAAUUCAAUUCAAUGUCAUGCGUGCUGUGGCCUUCAACAAGCGUCUACUCUCAGCUCUAGAACCGGAUGGAAUAUUUUAUAAUUACACGCCUGGCAUAUUACGUGUCCUCCCCACGUUAGUUAAUGUUCAACAGCUUCCCACAAGUUUACACCCUACCAAAACCCAAUCAAUAAUUCCACAUGGUGGUUGGAUUGAUAUCUUCCCACACCCGACAUGGCGGGACAAUUUCAUACAAGCCGAAGGCAGGUUUAAUGAGUACGACCUGUGUUCCGACAUCUUGGGUGGUUUGUUCCAGGGAGAACUUGCCGCUGAGUGCGAGCGGCGUGGCAUCGUUGUUUGGUCGCCUCCCUGGGACUUCAAUGGCUGGGAGCUGUCGGAGGGAUUUGUGAGGAAGUGGGGAUGGUCUAUCAAAGGAUGUAACGACGUUCUUGAGGCUACCAAUAAGUGGCGUUUGUUGAGAGGAGAGAAGCCCUUAGCUUUCGAAUGUUGA